CUCAGUGGGGGGAGGUUAGAGAGAGACCGAAAGACAGAGACAGGAAGAGAGAGAACUCAGUUGUGUUUGAUUUUCAGAAAGGGCGGCACUGUGGGAUUGGUAUUUGUGUGUGUGAGUGUGCAUGUGUGUGCGUGCGCAUGUAUGUGUAUGGGGAGUGUUUUCUGGCCUCCCCUCUCACUGGGAGGCUAGACCCCCACCUUGGUUAAUAAAUGGAUGCAGAGGCCAGGGAGAACCAGCCGCUAGAGCAAGGCCAGGCCAGGCGUGAACCAGCAGCCCUGGGGCAGAAGUGAGCAGGAAGGAAGGGAAGAGGGAAGAAUAGAGGUGAGGGGGUGCCUGGGGGCGGGAGCAGGAGGCAGUGGGAGGAAGCUGAGCAGCUGUGGUAUUUGGAGCAAGUAUAAAUAGCUGCCUGGACUGAGCUGGUCAAACAGGGGUUUGCAGCUGCAGCAGCCCGGAGGGCAGGCCUGUCCCCUCAGGGCCACGGAGGGCACAUCCUGGGCACGGAGCCUGGGCACAGAGCCUUCGGCAGGCGAAGUCCCCGGGGGCUCUGGCCGGACACCCCUCGCCAUCGCCAGAUCUCCAGAUGCUGUCCUGGAGAGCCAUGCUGCUGGGUGGCCUCCUCCUCAUUGUGGCCACCGUGACCACAGCCCAGCGGAGGGGGCAGGAGGCGGGCGGGCGGCGCCGGGCACACCGGGUCCAGCAUGGUCAGUGCAGCUACACCUUCGUGCUGCCUGAGCCAGAGCCCUGCCCGCCAGAACCUGAGGUCUUUGGGGGCUCCAACAGCCUCCAGAGGGACUCCCCAGCCGCUGUGCUGAAUUUAGGAGACUGGUCAAACCAGCGGGUGCGACAGCUGGAAAAGGUGCUGGAGAACAACACGCAGUGGCUGCAGAAGCUAGAAAGAUACAUCCAGAUGAACUUGAAGUCAGAGCUGACCCAGGCCCAGCAGGACAUGGUCCAGAACCAGACAGCCACCAUGCUGGAGCUGGGCACCAGCCUCUUGAACCAGACCACCGCCCAGACCCGAAAGCUGACUGAUGUGGAGGCUCAGGUUCUAAACCAGACAUCAAGGAUGGAGAUCCAGCUGCUGGAGACCUCACUGUCCACCAACAAGCUGGAGAAGCAGCUGCUCCUGCAGGGCCAUGAGCUCCACCAGCUGCAGGGCCGCAACAGCGCGCUGGAGACGCGGGUGCUCGCCCUGGAGACGCAGCAGCAAGCGGAGCUGACCAGCCUCCGCGGCGAGAAGGAGCGGCUGCGGCGCCUCCUGGGCCGCCAGAGCGGCGCCCUCGCCGGCCUCGAGCGCAGCCUGCGCGCUGCCAGCAGCAACUCCAGCCUCCUGCAGCGCCAGCAGCGCCAGCUGCUGGAAUCCGUGCAGCGCCUGGUGCGCGUCAUGGCCCAGGGCCCUGCUUCCGUGAGGGCAGCUGACCAGGUGUUCCAGGACUGUGCGGAAAUCCAGCGCAUCGGGGCCAAUGCCAGUGGUGUCUACAUCAUCCAUGUGGCCAAUAUGACCGAGCCCAGGAAGGUUUUCUGUGACAUGGAGGCCAAUGGAGGUGGGUGGACCCUCAUCCAGCGCCGUGAGAAUGGCAGUGUGAAUUUUCAGCGGAACUGGAAGGAUUACAAGCAGGGCUUCGGCGACCCGGCUGGGGAGCACUGGCUGGGCAAUGAGGUGGUACACCAGCUCACCAGCAGGGCAGCCUACUCUCUGCGCGUGGAGCUGCAAGACUGGGAAGGCAACGAGGCCUACGCCCAGUAUGAGCACUUCCAGCUGGGCAGCGAGGGGCAGUUAUACAGGCUUUCUCUGAGUGGGUACAGCGGCUCAGCAGGACGCCAGAGCAGCCUGGUCCUGCAGGGCACCAACUUCAGCACCCGUGACGCGGACAAUGACAACUGCCUCUGCAAGUGUGCCCAGAUGCUGUCUGGAGGGUGGUGGUUUGACGCCUGCGGCCUCUCAAACCUCAACGGCAUCUACUACCCGGCCCGGCACCAUGUGCGCAAGCUCAACGGCAUCCGCUGGCACUAUUUCCAGGGCCCCAGCUACUCGCUGCGCGCCACCCGCAUGAUGGUGCGGCCCGUGGGCAUCUGAGGAGCAGCAGUGCCAGAGGCUGGACCCACAGGAGCCGGGAUAACCUGGACCCACAUGCUGGACACAGUGCUGUGGCCUUGUCCUGGACACCCAGGGCUCUGGGCCAGCCCUCUUCGCCCCAGGAGUCAAGGAGAGUUGGCUGCUUCCCUAGUCCCCUCAAGUGGUGAAAUUGAGGGCAUUUGGGGGUUCCUGCCUCUGCAAGACUCCUCUUCCAUCUGGUCUCCUGCAGGGAGCCCCUGCCAGCUUGAGAGUUGCAACAUCCUGAAUGUGCUGAGAACAGACUUAUCUUGGCUCCUCAAAGGAAUUCGUGACUAGCAGUAGAAUGUCUGGCAGGUGGGAAGGUAUUUCCAAACUGGCAACUGUUCAGAUACUGACCCAGAUUCUAUAGCAGGGUGGGUGAAAGGGUUGUCUCUUGCUCCAAGUUUUCUCAACCUUGGACGUCCUUGAACUUUCUGUUCAAGGCCAACGAGGUUGCAUCCACCCCACAGUGGGAAUAAUUAUUUCCACCACACACUGCCCACCACUCUGGGGCCUCCAUGUCUAGAGCUCAGAUCUUAUCUCCCAGGGCUUCCAGAUAUUGGAGAGGGCUCCCCUUGAAAAGUACCUCUGGUCAAGUAAGAGAGGUAACACCGGGUUAAAUCCAUACGAGCAGGCAUUCUUAGCGUGGGACUUGUCAGAGCCUUUAAUGUGGUCAUGUGCCUCGUGACUGCCUGUGAAGGGGCUAAAGUGGGAGCUUUCUCCAAAUGUACAUGUUUGAAAAUGGGUCUUGUUUGUCCCAGAGCAUCUCUGGGGACUGUGGAUGCCCAUGGAAAAAGCUGGUGCUCAUAUUUCAUGAGGAGGUACGCCCAAGACCCACCACCCCUCUUCCAGCUGCACUCACCGUUUUGACUAAAAAGGCCCCAGUGACAGUCUUACCCUCUAAAAACAACUGGAAGGAAACUUUGGUUAAAGUAGACACACAUGCCUGAAGAAGGGUCUAGGACUCAGUUUCCCCUCUGUGCUAGGGGCCGGGUCCUCCAAUGUUCCUUUGGUCCUAGGAAGCCAAGUUUCUGCCUGGGGCUGCCCCAAGUGCUCCAUGUAACCCCAACUCACAUUCAGGGCCUUCUGGGGACUGUCUGCUCUGCCGUGGGCAGGACAUCCAUCCCUGGUCUAGAUCCUCUCUGCCUCCAAGCCAGAAACCCAACUUAUCCUCCUGCCUCAUCCAACAGUGAUGCUGCAGCUGGGGGCAGGUUGGAGGUUGGGGGGGCACUGGGCCUUUGCCUAGGCUUGGGAGACCAAAGGCUUCUUGUGAGCCUCUUGCAGAGGACAGGGUAAGAGAUGAACCUCAGCCACCCUGUCACCUGCCUCAGCCCUGAGGAGACCACCACAGCCAAGUCAUCAUCAGCCAACACGCAGGCCAGGAUCCACCUGCCCUACCACGAAGAUGUGCUCCUGUCUUCAGAAAGUUUUGCCCCACCUGAGCCCGGAAUGGUGAAAAUGGAACCUCUUCUUCCCACUUGACUUUGCUGCAGCCCCUGCAUCCCCCUCCAGCUAAUGCCCUGACAAAAGUGUGAAUUAAUGCUGAUCUCCUGGAAGCAAAGGUGGUGGCUAAUGGUGGCAUUUCAAGCAGGGAGAAAAUUACAUGGGGGCAUGUCGAUGUUCUGAGGGCUUCCAUGACCUUCCACAGCAUUGCUCAGUGGGCCUUUCUUUAGCAUCUACCAUGCACCGUGUGGUGCCAGGGGCAGGGUCUUGGGGAUGGGCAGACAUGCUUCACCUCGGACUUGAGGUCUCAGUUGUCUUAUCUGUGAAAUGGAUUCAUGAUACUUCUCACUGGAUUGCAGUGAAGAGGGGACAAGACCGUGUACGUAAACUUCUUACCACAGCCUGGCAUGAAGCAGGUACCUAAUAAAUGUUAGUUCUCAAAGAGGUGAAUGAAUGGGGAGAGGAAAUCUGCCCCUAACACUUGUCACCAUUCCUUCUCCUGGACCAGAUAAGUUAAGCACCUUAACUUUGCAUCCACAGCUUUUAUUUUUGCACUGCCUCGGCCCUAGCUGGAUCUCCUGGGGACCACAGGAUGCAGGAACUGGCUUCUGGAAAUCUGCACCUGCAGGUUUCUAUGCAGAAUCUAUCACUUCUUCCUGCCUCAGAUCAGCAUUCUCCCCAUUUUACUGAUAAAGAAAUUAAAACUCAGAAAAGUAAAGGGUUUGAUCCAAGGCAGCAUUGCCAACCACCACCUCCACCGCACUUGUAUUUAUGAGCUGCCUCCCUAGUCCAGAGCUGUCUGGAGAUAUUUUGGCAUCUAACAUAAAAAUGCUGGUGUGAUGGUGUCCCUUCUGCCUGCCUAGAUCUGAAAGAACUUUCUGGAAAGCUCUCAAGACCAGUCUUUCCCAAUGGCACCUGGUAGGCCCCGAUGGAGGCAGAUGGGCAGGAUACAAUGUUCCUAAGGAAUCUGCGUGCUCCCAGAAAGAUGAUGUCCACACCAGAGGAGAGUCCACUGUGCACACCCAUGGCCGUGGUGGAAGACGGCCCUUUACAGGAAGCUGGGGGCAGGGAAGGCAGCUGCAGGAUAGUUUGUCUCAGUAGCUGGGGCUUUGACCACCUUUUCCAGAUUUUCCUCCCCUCCCUGUCUCUGUGGUCAUUCAUUUCUCCCUUUUAAAGAUGCUUCAAAAGCUAAGGGUGUUACCCUGGCAACACCAGCAUCAGCAUCUUUUGAGAAUGAGGCCUGGUCCAGGGCACAUCCAGCACAGAUGUGUUCCUUGUAUUGGAUUCAAGUGAGAUGGCACAGCAGAGGUUCUUGGUGUUCUGAGGGCAGGGAGGUCCCCUGGCCUUUAACAUCUGCCGCUUUCUUGCCCGCUGCUGUGAGACCUCUCUUAGCCUUCCUUUAUGGACCUGCAUAGUGGAAAAGCUAGGUAUAGCUCACAGGGAAGUCGUAGAGGUCAAUGUGAUGAGCACAUCCAAGCCUGGCA